AUGGAUGAUUCUGUGAGAGUGAUAUCCACAAGUACAAUUCAAGCACCAAGUGACAACAACAUCAAUGGUAACUCAACUGACUUUCUGAAAAUUCAUUUAACACCAUGGGAUCUCCAAUUCCUCCCAAUGGAAACCAUUCAAAAAGGCCUUCUUUUCCACCACCAAACCAAUACUGACCCAUCAUCUUUAAAAAACCAAAUCCAUCAUAUGAAACAAACCCUUUCCACCACUCUUUCCUUCUUUCCACCCCUCGCCGGCCGUCUCGUAAUCACUCAACACCAACAACAAGAAGAAGAAAACAACAGUGCAGCAUCAUGUUACAUCAUCUGCAACAACCUUGGUGCGCUCUUUGUCCAUGCCACAGCACAAAACACAACUGUUUCUGAUAUCCUUCAACCAGAAAACUAUAUUGUACCUCCCAUUGUCUACUCUUUCUUCCCUCUCAACGGUGUCAAAAACUGGGAAGCAACUUCCCACCCGAUUCUUGCUGUCCAAGUAACAGACUUACUUGACGGCUUAUUCAUUGGCUUCUCAAUCAACCACUCAGUUAUAGACGGAAAGUCGUUUUGGCAUUUCAUCAAUUCUUGGUCUCAAAUCUCACGAGGAGUUUCUUUAAACAAACAUCCUUCACCUUCACCUUCACCUUCACUUAAACGCUGGUUUCCAAACGACAUUCAUCAACUUCCCGUACAUUUCCCUUUCACAACUGAUCAAUUCAUCCAAACCUCCAAACCAAACAACUUAGGUGAAAGAGUAUUCCAUUUCACGAAGGAGAAAAUCGCGGAACUGAAAUCAAAAGCAAAGGCAGAAACUGAUAUGAAUAUUACAAUCUCUUCACUUCAAGCGGUAUUAUCUCAUGUUUUGCGUUCUGUGGUUCGUUGCGAAAGACUUGAUCCACAACAAGACGUUCUUUUCAUAUUGCUGAUAGGAGUUAGGCCAAGGAUGAUUCCACCGCUCGAAGAUGAAUAUUUCGGGAACGCGGUGUUGCUUUGUGAUUUUACAAUGAAAGCAUGGGAGAUUCUAGAAGGUGGUACUGGAAAAAUCGAAUUGGAGAUGAACAAGAUGAUUUCUGUAAAUUCUGAUAAUGAGAAAAUAAGAAACAGUUACGAGUGUUGGUUGAGAAACCCGAAGUUGCUUACACGUGGUAACUUCACUCGUUGUUAUACAUUGACAACAAGCAGUUCUCCGAGCUUUGAUGUUUAUGGUAAUGAUUUCGGUUGGGGAAAGCCUGUGGCAGUUCGAUCCGGGGGUGCGAAUAAAAGAAAUGGAAGGAUUAGUGUGUUUACUGGGGCAGAAGAAGGAAGUAUAGACAUUUCACUGACUCUUCAGUAUGAGAUCUUGGAGGCCCUGGGAAAUGACAUGAGUUCAUGCAUUAAUGUAAAUGGCCGCGAUCACGUUGCGGUCGCUUAA